AUUCUCUUCAGGAAUAUAAUCCCACGGCGUUUUCCAGUAAUAUCCUUGGAAACACUCUGAGUGUAAACGAAAAGCUUUCUAGUCGGUAUCUACUGUUUCCUGAAGGGAAUAUCACGCAUAUGAAUUAAUAAUUUUGUUCAUGGCUGAUAAUUUCUAGUACUUUUUCUCACUUGGGGUAACUUGCAAAAAGUAGAGGUGGAAGUAUACUAGUUAGUUGGAAAGUGGUGCAUUGUCUGGUUGCAAGUUGAAAAUGUUUCAUUUGAAAUUUCCCAAGAAACUCCUUUGCUUUGAGCUGAAGAUUGGAGCCAUCAUAAUAGGAUGGUGCCAUCUUCUGUUGUCCAUUGCGGGUAUCAUCUCCGCUCUUAUUCUCUUGGGAAACAUUCAGCUUCAAACUGAGACUGUAGAUUACGUCUUUAGUAUCUACAAUGGAACUACGUUAAUAUGGUUUGAGGAACAGACUGCAACAGAUGUGAGAGGAUGGCUUGAGAAAUCCAGUACCGGGACAUAUUUGUGCACCUGCAUUGGAAAUUUUGUGGCAGCAUCUCUUCUAAUUUAUGGAUCUAUGAAAGAGAAUCACUUGCUUUUACUUCCUUGGCUCACUUCUGAAAUGAUGGGGAUACUACUGUUGACCUUUACUAUGUUCUUUGAUUUUAUUGAACUCGUCAUUGUUGUUCUUCUUCGAGUAUACAUUUGGAUCUGCAUUUGGGCAUUCUACCGGGAAAUUAAGAAGAACAAACAGGUGACUGGAUAUCCAGAACCUCCAGUUAUCUUUAGAACCAACGUGGAUAAUCCAAAGAAACCCCCUCCCUAUGGGAACGUGGUCACAGUCAAAUAAACCCUGAAUAGGGUAGACUUUGGAAUUUCGGACAACGCGCAAUUCCGGACAGAGUAACAUCCGGAGUUAGAACAACUUUCUUAAAGAAAUAAAAUAAUCUUCAAACUGCUAAA